AUGCAGCCGCCCAGGCCCCUAGGGGCAGGCCCUUCGGGCAUGGCCCCCAACUACCCGCAGACUAACGGGCUGCCUCAAGACUAUUAUUCGGGCACUGCAGCAGCAGCAAAGGCCCCCUACGGGGGCCCCCUGGGGGGGCCCCCGGGGGCCCCCCUGGGGGCCCCCCUCGGGGGCCCCCCGGGGGCCCCCGGGGUGGGGGGCCCCCCGGGGGUGGCGCCGCCCAUGGGGCCCCCCAACCCGCAGGGGUACUCCCAGGCGGGGGGCUACGCCCCUGAGCAGCAGUACGUGCAGCAGACGCCUUUCCCGCAGCAGCAGCAGCAGGAGCAGCAGCAGGCGCCGAUGUACGCGCCGCCGCUGCAGCAGCAGCAGGCGCCGCUGACCUACAUAAACCCUUUUGUCUCCUGGGAAGCAGCAGGAAGAAAGUGGUGCUGCUGCAUCUGUGGGGUUUUGAACGAAACCCCACAGUUUUACUUGCGGUGUCUAGACACCCGGGGCCGCCGCGAGGACCGCCGGGAUCGUCCCGAACUGUCCCUGGGAUCGAUCGAGAUCGUCGCUCCCGGGGACUACAUGAUUCGGCCCCCGCAGCCGCCGGCUUACGUCUUUUUGAUAGAUGUGUCUGCUGCUGCUGCUGCUGCUGGCCUCGUUGCUGCUGCUUGCGAGGGCCUUGCUGCAGCACUGGCAGCAAACAGGCUCCCCGGCGGCCGCAGGGCCCUCGUGGGCAUUCUCACCUUCGACGCCAGCGUCCACUUCUACGCCCUUCACCAGCAGCAGCAGCAGCAGCAGCAGCAGCAGCAGCAGCAGCAGCUGCGGCCGCAGGUGCUCGUCGUGCCGCAGGUCGAGGACAUUUUCCUCCCGCUCGCAGAUGACCUUUUUGUCUCCUUUUUGGAGACAAAGGAGACAGUUUUGAACACCCUCAAAGCAAUCCCGGAAAUCUGGAGAAACAACACCUGCACCGACAGCUGCAUGGGAAGCGCGCUAAAAGCUGCAGCACUGGUGGCCAAACAUGUGGGGGGAAAGAUUUUGCUGUUUGCUGCUGGGCCCCCCACAGUGGGGGACGCAGUGGUGCAGCGGGAAGCAGCAAGAGACAAAGCUGCUGCUGCUGCUGCUGCUGCUGACAGGGAGAGCGAGCUCCUCAAACCCGCCUCAGACGCGUACCAGACUUUGGGACAGCAGCUGACGCAAAACCAGCUUUCUGUGGAUUUGUUUUUGUGUCCUCCUGCUGCUGGAGCAGCAGCAGCAGCAGCAGCAGCAGCAGCAGGCCAGGGGGCCCCCCCUGCUGCUGGGGGUUACGGGGCGCGUGGGGCCUCGAACGGCGCGCCUCUGGGUGCUGCUGCUGCUGCGCCUGCAGCAGCAGCAGCAGCAGCAGCAGCAGCAGCAGCAGCAGGAGCUUCUUUCUUCGAUCUUGCUUCUUUUGCUGCUCUUUCUCAAUAUACUUCUGGAGAACUUCGAUAUUAUCCGGGAUUUUCGCAGCAGCAACAUGGAGAAAAACUCAAACAAGAAAUCGACAGAGUCCUCUCCAGAGUCACCGGGUGGGAGGCGGUGAUGCGGAUUCGGGUGACGCGGGGCUGGCGAGUGGCGCAGCGCCACGGGAGGUUUUACUUGCGAGGAAGUGACCUUUUUGUGUUGCCAUCUGUGAACGAAGACCAGAGUUUCAGCAUUUCUCUGGAGCCCGAGGAAGCUGCUGCGGAGCCUGCUGCUGCUGCUGCUGCUGCUGCUGCUGCUGCGGUCACGCUGCAGGCCGCGCUGCUCUACACCAACAGCGACGGCGAGCGCCGCAUCCGCGUCCACACGUUUUGCAUUCCCCUCACCCAAAACAUGCAGGAAAUUGCAGCUUCAGUUGACCCCGAAGUCACCGCGGCUUUGAUGCUGCAGCAUGCGCUGGACUUGGCCAUUCGCUCCAAAAUUGCAGACAGCCGCAGCUAUUUGCAAAGCCUCUGUGUGCAGCAAAUGUCGGCGCUGCAGCAGCAGGGGGGCCCCCCCUAUGCUGCUGCUGCUGCUGCUGCUGCUGCUGCUGCCGCUGGCAGCAGCAGCAGCAGCAGCAACGCGCAGCAGCUGCAGCGCCUCGCCUUCCUCGUCAUGGGGGCCCUCAAGUCUUCAGCUUUCCGGGGCCCCAAGGAAG